CAAUUAGUUAGCCAUAGAAUAUUAAAAAAAAAAAAAAAAGGAAACUGAAAGAAGAUUGAGAAUGAGUGGCAUUACAAUUAGAAAUAACCCUCUUAGGGUUUCAGUGACUGUUUGUUUCCUCACUUUUUUUUUACUUUGUGGGGUUUUUUUGGCCAAUCACAACCACCGCAAGAAUACGAAAGAUCCCAACAAAACUGACUGCGCCGGAGACGCCGCCGCCGCCGCCGCGACGGCGGUGGGCCCUCCUCUUGCAGGGAAUUUAAAGAUUAGGAAGAUGGCGGCGUUGAGGCAAGAAGAUUAUUAUUCUUAUUAUCUUCAUCAUCCUCCUCGUACCUCUCUCAACUACGUGAACAAAAGAACAGUGCCAAAAGGACCUGAUCCUAUUCAUAACAGGAAAUCCCCACCAGGUCAACCAUGAGUCGAGAUACGGAUCGGGUAAAGUUCCGUUUGGGGCGAAACAUCUAAGAUUUGGGAUCUAAGCCAAGCUGGUGUGGCAUGAAGCUGCAGUGUCACAGUUACUAAUUUAAUUUUAAUUUUUGUUAGUUUUUAUGUUUUUAAAAUGUAUUUCACACUAUGUAUAUCUUUUUCACAUUUUACUUCGUAGAUUUUUUGUGUAGAUUUUAAAUAUGUAGAUUAUACCUUUAAUUAAUUUGUAUGCCGAUU